AUGAGCGGAAGCUCGUCACCAGCCUUGGCAAAAUCGACGCCAAAUGCGCCAUUCGCGAGCUUCUCAUACGCUUAUCCAGCCCUUGCUUGCAGAGGUGAUGGCCGUCUCGGGGGCCCUUUGGGAUCAACUGGAUAUCCUCCCCGGCACGUGCUGACAUCUCCGCGAAGAACUCCAGGUGAAGGUCAGCUUGGAGGAACUUGUGGUUCUACGGUUUACACCCCGCGGUACACUCCACGGCGUGUGCUGGUCUCCCCACGCCUGAGUCCAGGCACAACGAGCUUCGUUUCUUAUACGCCCGGGCGGCCAAGUGGCUUCAUCCCGGUGCCAGUUCCUAAGGUGUCCGCUGUGCCACCAGAGGCUGCCGUACGUCCAGUACAGCGCUUUGUCCGGGUAGCACAGCCGCAGGAGCGGGUGCCAUCUCUUUCACACGAGGUGGUGCCGGUUUCCCGCGAGGUGACUAUUGCAGAUGGAACGGUUCGAGAGGACCUCCAUGUCUACUCGCGUCCACCCCCUCGUGAAAGCUCUGUCGGUUCUCCGACACCGCGAACGGCUGGAUUUGUACAGGGCUUGAGGACUGAUGCGUCUCAUGCAAUCGUGGACAUACCGGCUUCUCCCAUGUUGCGACAGCGCACACUUCCGGGCUUUCUUGGUCAAGCAUCACAAAAGCCACCGGCAAGGCAAAGCAGCAUUGCUGUCAUCACUGCCAGUCCAUGUCAAUCUUCAGAUGUCUUUAAGGCACCAUGCCUAGCGGGCCUGACAGGUCGAGGGUCAUUGGGUCGAACGUAUCGAGCUCCAGCUCCAGAGCUGUUGUCGGACAGGCCCCCGGCUCGAGCGGUCGGCGAGGCAUUAGCACUUCGUGCGGAGAGCCAGCGGCGGCGGUGGCGCCGACCCGCACCGGGGCCCUCCACUGCGCAGUUCCAAGCGCCGAGUGCCUCGGCAUCAGCUCCGGCGGCACAUGCACCACCACUUUACGGCGAGGGAAGUGACUUCACGCCCGCGUUCUUCAGGCUUCAAGAGAAGCUAAGCUAUCUGGCAGAGGAGGGGACGGUUUCGCUUUAA